UAUCUGACCUUCCCUCAAAGCGAACAUCUUCCCUAAAAUAUAUUGAAAACAGCUAUCAAUCAUGGUUUUACGUGACAAUAUCCGUGGACUAAGCGAAUAUAAUGGGCAAACAUAGACGUCUGAAACAUCAAAGUCCCCCACAGUCAAAGAGGAAAGCUUGUACUGACAAUCGUACAGGCAGAAACAGAGGAGGCACAGACUGACAUUUACUCCAACAGGAGCAGAAACUAACUAAGAACAAACUAAAUCUGUAUGGGCACAUAUCAUUAGGACACACCAAUGUUUCAUGUAUUUCUAUGCAUAUAUACUCAGCAUAGUCUUAAGGCAACACAUCUGGGCCCCUGGCUUGGUAUGUUACAAAGGCAUUCUGGAAAGUGUAGCAAAUUCACUCGGGCAGAUGCAGAGAUUAACCUUCCAUCAGCUUUGUCCCACUCUGAUGUGCUUCCUGAUGCAGGCACACAGGUGAAGGUAAAGCAGGUGGGUGGGGCGCAGGCAUCACAUGUGGCUUCAUUAUGUCUGUAUGGGGGAGCACAGGGUGCAGAUCGUCCUGACAGUCAGCAUAGCUGCAGCGAUGGCCCAGGUGAAGGCACCAGGAGACGCAGUGAGGAGCCACCAGGGCUGUGCAGAAGUUUACGCUGAUAUGGCAACCGUCAGCUCCAGUGCAGAUAUAGGAGAGUCGGUGAGGAAGGGGUCAUUGUGUGAGACCUCCAUGGCUGUCAGCCUUGGCAGGCGGAGCAGAGCUUACCCCUCCCCGGCCAGGAGACGCCACCGCACCACCUUCAGCCAUAAGCAGCUGGAACAGCUGGAAGUGGCCUUUAGACAAAACCAGUAUCCUGACAUCUACUACAGAGAGGAGCUGGCCCGUAUCACCAAGCUCAAUGAGGCUCGCAUACAGGUUUGGUUUCAGAACAGAAGAGCCAAACAGCGGAAGCAGGAGCGGGCCUCACAGAAGGUUCUCCCUGUAGGUGUGAUGCCCGGCCACAGGGCGCUGCUGGGGGGUAUGCACGUCCAGUCGUCCGGCAUGUCUCGACAGUACUACACCCAGCCCCUGGCUCACAUACCCCGCCUCUCCUCCAUGCUGCCCUCCGGAGCGUACUCCCACCACCCGGGCCCGGUCGGCCAGUGCGCCUGUCCCAGCGUUCCACCACCGCCGGCCACCCAGCGGCAGCAUGAAGACUGGUACAGCCCUCUGAGGAGCAACCUCACACCACCCAUGUUCUCGCUGGCCUCCAUGCAGCCUCUGGACCCUGCAUCUCACUGGAGCUAAGAGGCAACCAAGGCCACUUUAAAAAGUCAGAUACUACAUAAAAAUAGUUUGGAAUCUACCCAGAAAACAGUGCUCAUGCAAACGCCUUUUCAUCUACCACACUCUGAUCACACAUGCAUAUUCACAUUUAAGUUACAAGUACAAAUUCUGGCCCUGAUGCUGGCUGUUAAAU